ACUGUUAUAUGCUUCAUAAUGGCCCAACUAUUGUAACAGAAAUGCCGUUUUCAGAUGACUUGUGACCAUCAACUCAUGGUUACCAGUGUGGAUGCGAAAUGGCCUGGCUCGGUCCAUGACUCCCGUAUUUUUCGGGAGUCAAGUCUUUGCCGACAGUUUCAGGAAGGCCGUUAUGAUGGAAUUCUUGUUGGGGACAGAGGGUAUGCCUGCAUGCCGUUCUUAAUGACACCAUACGGCGACCCACAGAGUGAAUCGGAGGCACAGUUCAACAGGGCCUUAACCACAUGCCGGGUGAGGAUCGAGAUGACCUUUGGAAUCAUCAAGGCCCGCUGGAACUGCCUCCGUGGUUUGAGGGUCAAGCCGGAGAGAGGAAGCCAAAUCAUCACGGCAUGUGUGGUGCUCCACAAUAUUGCAACAAUUCGCAAAGAGAGAGCCCCACAUGUGCCAUUGGUGGCAGAUGAUGUGGUGGACCCCAUCACGGUGGAUCAUCCCACAGGAACGGCGGUCAGACGGGCCAUCACUAACCAGUUCUUUGGUUAGUUUUUUUGUUUCGUUUUGUUACCCUCUUGGAAGGAUGCGUUUGUUUUUUAGUUUUUUUUAGGGCUGGGCAAGUCAACGCGUUAAUUACGCGAUUUAUUUAACGGAAUUAUUCCAAAUGGACGCACGUUCUCUUUUGGAGCCUUUUUUUCCCCAUUUAGAUUUUACAAGGUCUUGCCCACAGAAUGUCAACAUAUCAGAAAUGAUUUUCGUUUAGUUUCACUUACUAUACAUUCAAUUACACUUGCAGGGUCCUGCCUGUUUACAAUUCCCUAAUCUGUGGUGUUCCGUAAAUGUCAUAUUCAACCCAUACACUGGGUGAAACUCUCUAGAUCACUUGGUCUAUUUUUUGCUUAUUAAGUAGGCUACAUUUGGUAUGAAUGUUAAUGUGUCAUUCCAUUUGAUAAUCUCAUAACUUCAUUUUGACUUUUGUUCAAUAAUAAAUCUUUAUUAAGGACUCAGAUGGUCCACUCACAUCCAACAUACACACACACACACACAUAUGACACAUUAAAAUACAUACUCAAAAGAAAAUACUGUACUAAAAUAGGUGCAAGCUAUCAUGCCAAUGCUUUCGAAGCCUGGAUGUGAACCGAUAGCCCAUCAUAGGGUUGGUUAAGGCUAUAAUGAUGCUAUUUUCUGAUGAAUCCAUUCGACACAUGAAAUUAAACAUCAACUUUCGUAACAGUGCCUGACAUGUCGGUACAUUAGAGGACACAAAUAGCUGGCUAGCACUGUGCCACCUAGGAACACGGAGCAACAACCUCAUGGCAUCAUUAUAUGCCACUCUAAGCCUCUGCAUACUUCUCACUCUGUAAGAGGACCAGAGAUGAGCUGUAUACAGCGGCGUGACAUAAGCCCUAAACAAAGCACACUUAACAUCAGUGGAACACAUGGAAAAUUUCCUCAACAUCACGUUGGCCUGUGCAUAUAUUUUACACCUUUGACGACGAAUGUCACCGUCAUCCAUGAGAUCAUCUGAGAAGAUAUGUCCUAGAUAUUUUAAUUCCCUGCAUAUUUCUAAGGGGCCAUCUGCGAGGUGGAAAGCAGGAAAAGAGGAUUUUUUGUCCUCUCUAGAUCUCACAACAACAACCUUACUCUUUUUGAAGUUAUAGUUGAUGUCAAAUUCUCUUCCAUAUUGUGUGCAUAUCCUCAACAGCUCUUGUAACCCAGCAGAAUAUGGACAAAGUAAAACCAGGUCAUCAGCAUACAUGAGAUGAUUCACAACUUGAUCUCCCACAAUACAUCCUGUUGUACAUUAAUUUAGCUGUCUUGAAAGGUCAUCAAUAUAUACAUUAAAAAGAAUAGGGGAUAAUAUUCCUCCUUGACGGACCCCAUUCGCCACAUGAAAAGGAUCAGAAACAGUAUUAUCCCAUUUGACCUGGAAUGUU